GUAUUCUCUGCGCUGUCCAAAUCCACAGCGUAGACUGGCACAGGUAGGUCUUCCCCUAAGCGCUCCAAACGGAAGCAUGCCUCUCAGUCAUGGAAGCUUUACAGGUCGUCACCAAUGGUGAUUUGCUCUCGUGCUUGGCAUGGAGGAGUGGUUAGCUCGCGCCUCAUCACGCUCUCUCCCAAAGAAACACACACCAACAGCAGAUGAUGAGCGAAGAUUUGUAACCACACCAUGAGCGAUAACGAAACGUAGCUUUCCAUACAUGUCAUGGCCUGCCCCUUGUUUAUCCCCAGCAAUAACUCCCUGCUGCCACAGGGGAGUGGGAUUUCUGAUGCCAAUUUAUUUGGCCAGGUAGACGCCCUAAAUUAGCACACCUACCCGUCGCCCGCCUCAAUCAUACGAGCGACGGAGUAGAUGCCAUCUCCUUCCGAGUCACAAUUCGACGGAGCGUAGCGGGCAGCGGCCAUGCCGUCGUCGGUCCGGCACGGCUCGUCGAGGGGGCAGGCAUGGUGAGCGAUGUUGAGUUCUGGUGGCUCGGUGUGGAAUUGCGUUGGUUCGCGUGUGUUCUUGAUGGGGUUUUGUUUGCCGUGUUCUGUCUGUGCCAGGUUCUGCACCACCGGGCUGCCGAGCGACGUCGUGUUCGAGGUGCACGACAUGGCCUUCCACCUCCACAAGUUCCCGCUCAUGUCCAAGAGCCGCAAGAUCCACCGCAUGCUCACCGAGCAGGAGGAGGAGCGUCCGGCGCGGGGACGGCGGCGGCGGAGGAGGAGUGACGGAGGCGAUGCCGGUGAUGAUGGUGCUGCGGAAACAGAGAUUGAGGAAGCAGAGGAAGAGGAGGAGGAGGUUAGAAGGACGGAGGGCGACGGGCAGCCGUACAGCAUUGUCUUCCCAGACUUCCCAGGCGGGUCGGGCACGUUCGAGGCGGCGGCCAAGUUCUGCUACGGCGUCCGAGUCGAUCUCACCGCCUGGAACGUCGCGCCACUGCGGUGCGCGGCCGAGUACCUGGAGAUGACCGAGGAGCACGCCGAGGACAACCUCGUAGCGCGCGCGGAGGCCUACCUGGAGCAGACAGUGCUCCGGCACCCAGGCGACGCCACCAAGGCGCUAAAGUCCUGCGAGGAGCUGCUGCCGUUAGCCGAGGAGCUCGGCAUUGUGGCCCGCUGCGUGGAGGCCAUCGCCGCGCGCUCGUCGGCCGCAUCGCGGUCCUGGUUCGACGACCUGGCCGUGCUCGGCCUGCACAUGUACAAGCGGGUGAUGGCGGCCAUGGCCGCGCGCGACGACGUGAGGACGGAGGCCCGGGAGAGCUGCCUCGUGUCGUACGCCAGGGGCACCAUCCCGGGGCUGUCGAGGUCAAUGCGGCGGCGGCUCGCGUCUGCGCCGGUAUCAUCGGAGGUAGAGCAGAAGGAGCUCCUAGAAGCGGUGGUCGCGAGCCUUCCGGCGAACAAGUGCUCGGGGCGCGUGGUCACCGCGAAGUUCCUGUUCGCGCUGCUGAGGACGGCGCACAUCCUGCGCGCGUCGGACGCGGCCCGCGCGGCGCUGGAGCGGAAGGUUGCGACGCAGCUGGAGCAGGCCACGCUGGAGGACGUGCUCAUCCCGAGCUACUCCGGCGCCGCGGAGACGCUCUACGACGUGGACUGCGUCGAGCGGGUCGUCAGGUACUUCCUCGCCGAGGAGGAGGUCGGCGAGGCGUCGUCGUCAGCCGCAAUUGAGGAGGCGGCGGCAGAGGUGUCGCGGCCGUCCGCCGUGGCCAUGGUGCAGGUGGGCAAGCUGGUGGACAGCUACCUUGCGGAGGUUGCGUCCGAUGCCAACCUGAAGCCCGCCAAGUUCUGCGAGCUCGCGCUGGCGUUGCCCGACCAUGCCCGCAUCUACGAUGACGGCGUCUACCGCGCCGUCGACAUCUACCUCAAGGCGCACCCGCGGCUAACGGCGGAGGAGCGGGACAGGGUGGUGAGCGUGGUGGACUGCCGAAAGCUGACGGUGGAGGCGUGCACCCACGCGGCGCAGAACGAGCGGCUCCCGCUGCGCGCGGUGCUGCAGGUGCUCUUCUUCGAGCAGCUCCAGCUCCGGCGCGCCAUCACGGGCACGCGCCUCGCGCCCCCCGCCGGCCCGCAGGCGCGCCGGCAGCAGCCCGCUGGCUCCGGCGAGGCGUGGCGAGGGGUGACGGCGCUGGCGCAGGAGAACCAGGUGUUGCGGCUGGACAUGGACAGCGUGGCGAGCCGGGUGCAGGAGCUGGAGCGGGAGUGCUCCAGCAUGCGGAGGGCCAUCAAGAAGAUCGACGGCCGCAGCGGCAGCCGGUCGCCCGGCAGCGCGGACGGGUCGAGGCCUGCGGCAAGCAGCUGGAGGGCGCGGUACGGGUGCAAGUUCAGCACGCAGGUGUGCGACUCGCAGGCGCGCAACGUGGUCGCGUCCAGGGCGUCCAGGAUGGGGAUGAGCCCGUAGGCCAUACGUGCAGGUGCAGCGCUUGUUCGUAUCCUCCGGCGCUCGGAUGAAAAUUUUCACGAAAUCACCAUCCAUCCGGUCAGAAAUCAGCACUCGAGAUGAGAAUGGCUGAGAAAUUCCAAAUCGUUCACCAGCGAGAUCCAAAGUAUCAGGUUUCAGACGUUUUUCAUCUCGUCCUUGUGAUUCGCCAAUGUUACCUGAUUCGUGGACCUGAACGGCAUCGUGACCACUGCCGUUUUUGUCGCUACCAGAAGGAAGAGGGUAAGGAGGAUCCGUGCGCGUUGUCUGUACCAGAGGGCAGUCUGUAAUGUAGCAAGCAGGUUUCGUCCAGCUCCUUUCUACUAGCUCGCUAUUACUCGAUUGCGUUCCUUUGUCCAAUUGCCUGGUACUGCUUCGUUUGUCAUGCAUGCUUAGCAAAAGACAAUCCUGUACACUCCCGACUUGUCAGGAUU